AUGAAGCUUUCUGUAUCAAUUUUGCUUUCUUAUUCCUCUGCUCAGAGAUGUGAGGAUUUUACAUUGGGUCAGAGAUGCCAGUCGAGUUGUGACGGAGAUUUUUACAACUGCAAGGAUGCUUGCGAUAACGGCGAUUUCUCAUGCGUAACUCGCUGUCAAGCUGAGUUUCUUGACUGCCAAUCUGCCUGUCCUUGCGGCGCAAACUGCCCUCAGGGGUGUUCUACCAACGAUGCUUGUGGAGCAAACAAGUUCUGCUCCUACACGAGCAUUCUGGUCCUCAAUCAUAAGCAGCAUUUCCGAGACCAGGCGCUGGCGAUAAAUACACUAGAUGACAGUGUGUCCGAAAUUGUCUUUGACUACGGAUUAUCAGAUAUUGAGGAUGCCUGUUCUGUUAUUUUCAGAGGUGAGAGCUACUUCCUUGGGGGAUAUCAAAGGACAAGACAAGUGGCGAAAAUUGGUGGAAAUGGAUGUGAAAUCGAAAUAUUGGACGAUCGCCUCUCAGUUGGCCACCAAGACGGCGUCUUCGGCUCUUGCAGCGUUUUCAACCAGCAAGUUGCUCUUUGUUUCGCAGUUGAAAAUGAAGACUCCAAGACUUGCCAUUCUUGGGAGCCAGGAAUGAGGCAAUCUCAACUGCCGACUGCGAAUGAGAGCCACGAUUGGUCAGAAAUGAUCACUUUCAGAGGAUCGCUCUUUACAGUUGGCGGCUGCUUGGAACCGACUUACGCUGGUUACGGAUCAAAAAUCUUUGAUAAAAAUUAA